AUGAUACACUUUUUCGAUCUGCCGCGCGAGGUGCGGGAUAUGAUCUACGUCGACUAUGUCUUUAUUCAGGGCGGCUACAUCUUGAAUUUUGACAGCAACAAGCUUAGAGGCGCCAACGGAAGCCUAAUCGACCUUACCCUUAUGCUGACUUGCAAAACUAUCGCCAAGGAGAUGAAGGGUGUAGCUCUAUCCUCGAAUACGCUCAACUUUUCCACAGAGCUCUCGGAAGAGCACCGCCGCACGGCUGGGCGCUUCGGCGAACUAGUCAAGACUCUCUACAACACGCAAGGAACCAAAAUGAACCAGAUUUAUCCGAACUUUCUCAGCAUCCCCGACGAUUUAUGGAGGAAACUAUCAGAGAUCGACCCGAAAUUUGCGCCGUACGUGGAUUUGAUCAGAAGAAGACCUCACUGGAACGACCGGCGCGCGGUGGACAACGUAGGUCCGCCAGGGUCGUGUGGCGAGACGCCUUCCGUGUUCCGGAGAUUCGUCCGCUCUGCUCUGCAGACGCUUGUGUCUCAUAGACAUUGCUUCGACGCGCAGGAGUUUGAAAACUUUGAAAGAGGGCGGCGCAUCUCAGACGCUAUACGACUUGAGAAACUUACCAACCUCAAUCCCGAUCUUUGGGCCAUACCUAGCGCCCAGGAAGUGGAGCUGAUGAUUUCCAGCAUGGGAAAGGGACCGAACAAGUAUUUCGAGAAGCGGUGGCUCCAUGGCUCGGCCGGUUAUCAGCUGAAUCACGUCAAACAUCGUUAUUCAGCUGCAGCAGUAGCCAUUCGAUUUCUCAGAUCCCUACCAAAAGACACCAGAUCAAGUAUUAGAAGGAUUGUACUCGAUGAGGACUGGUCAGCUGUUGCAUUUGCAGAGUGCCACGCCCAAGGGUUGAUUCCGUUCUGUCAAGAGAACCCUCAUCUGCGGGUGGAACGACGAGUUAGUAUGUGGCGAACCAUCUUGCAGACGAUGAGCUCAGCGUGCGAUACCUUCACCUCUCCUCACGAGGGCGCAGCUCUCGGGGCGGACCAAAUUUCUCAUUCAGUGGCGGUUUGGAUCCUAGAAGCCCUAGAACUGGAGCCUGCUGGUAUGCCCUUGGGUUCAUACACAAUGGUUCUUGAUGGGGACUGGACGAUCUCGGAAAUCUUCCAAAGGGUGGUUCGACGAGACGCCGCGUGGCAAGCGGCCGUCGACGUCUGUCUGGAGCGGGGGCUCAUCCUCCCUGUCUCUUGGGACGUGAGACGGGCGGAUCCGAGAAAUAUCACGGGCAUGGCAAGCGGAGGUGUGAAGAGGUCCAACAAAUGGUACUUGUUCGAAGGCUUCCCGCAGGCUGUAGAGGACAUUGUUGCCGGAAGGUCCGUCGUCAAAUGUGCCUUUGAACUGGCCGAUGCGUGGGGAGACUCCUACGACGUGGAGAAGCUGGCCGAGGAGCACAAGCACUGGACUUUGGACGAUUGGAAGGCGGGCUGGUUCGUCCGCGAAAAGGAGUCAUUCGAGCCCGACCCGCCCUCGCCGAGCUGGUUGCAACUCUUGUGUGACAAUACUUGGGAGGCAGCACCCGUUCGUUAUGACUUUGAGCAAGAACUCGAAUCGAGUCGAACUGCAAGGGAAAUAGAACGCGAAAUCCGAGAUACAUGGGACGAGACGAGCUGGGACGAGGCGUAA